AUGUUCUCACGCACUGCUUCUGCGUACAGUGCUAUCGUUGCCGCUCUCUUUUUGUUGCCCACGACGCUUGCCCAACAGCCAUACCACGAUUGGGAUGCUGCUUAUAAAGCUGCAGAGGAGCUGGUAUCCUCUUGGACCACUCAAGAGCUCGCAAACAUAACUGUUCGAAAUGGCGUUGCACCAGGGUAUCUACCUUUCACGGUGACAGAUGGUAAGUCAAUGCCCCACUCAAUAACAUCUGGAAGCGCUGAGAACCGUACCUCGAGUAACAUGGACGAUCGUACACUCCAUGAGCUUUACCUAUGGCCGUGGUACGACGCAGUCAAGGAAGGCAUGGGAUCUGUCAUGUGUGUCAUGAACCGCGUCAACGGCACGAUUGGCUGCGAAAAUGAGCAUAUUCAGAACACAGUAUUGAAGGGUGAGCUUGGCUUCAAAGGUUUAAUUGUCCCAGAUGCAACAGCACCUGUCAACCGUACCAGGGGCUUGAUCAACGGUCUUGAUUGGAACUCCGGCUACGACCUCGGAAACAUCACUGCCUUACUCCAGAACGGCACUAUCUCAGAGGAGAUCAUAAGGGAGCAUGCCCUUCGCAUCGUCGCAACUCAGCUCAACCUCAACAUACGACAGGACGAAUACCCCAACAUAGAAGAAGUUGAGUCCAAGAUUAUCCGCAAGCCUUCGAGCCGCGAAUUGAUUCGCAAAGCCGCCAGCGAAUCCAUUGUCCUGCUCAAGAACAAACGCAACACACUGCCAUUCAAAAACGUCACUCAAAUCGCAGUCUUCGGCCUCAACGCAGCAAACCUAGGCUUCGGACCACAGCCACUAUUGAACUUCGGAGAUUAUCUGGGAGAGACAUACGCUUCCCACCUCGGCUCCGGCGGCGGCAGCGGCACCGCGCCAGUGGGCUUCCUCGUCUCCCCUCUCGACGCACUCACCCAGCGCGCAUCAUCGGUCAAUGGUUUCGACUUCCGCUACAUCCUCUCCGACAACCACACCGUCACACCUCCCCCAGCAACCGGCGCCGGCUUCUUCGCAGUAACCGGCGUAUCAGUGCAAGGCUAUGCAGAACAGUCCGAGCAAUGCCUAGUAUUCAUCAACGCCUUCGCCAAAGAAGGCGCCGACCGACGCUCCCUGCGCGAUCCCGUUGGCGAUAAGCUCGUCAAUGACUUAGCGACGUACUGCAACAACACCAUCGUCGUCAUGAAUAACGCCGGUGUGCGUCUUGUGGACGCCUGGAUUGAGCAUCCCAAUGUCACGGCUGUCCUGAAUGCGGGGACCCUGGGGCAGGAGUCCGGGCACUCGAUAAUGGAUGUGCUGUUUGGCGAUGUGAAUCCGAGCGGCAAGCUGGUGUACACCAUCGCCAAAAACGAGAGUGAUUACAAUGGUGAAAUCUGCCCGUGCUGCGAGUGCGACUACACCGAGGGUCUGUAUAUCGACUACCGCCACUUUGAUCAGGCCGGUAUCGAGCCACGCUACGAGUUUGGUUACGGACUGUCGUACACGACGUUCGAGUACGGAAACUUGACCUUGACGGCGAGCCCGCUCAAUGUCUCGACUUACGCCAACGGUCCGACAGUCGAAGGUGGGCCGGCUGACUUGUACGAUGAGUUACUAUCGUUCAAGGCCAGCAUCACAAACACUGGAGAUGUUGCAGGCGCUGAGGUCGCACAGUUGUAUCUUGGGUACCCGGAAGCUGCGAAUAGUCCUGUCAAGCAGCUUCGUGGGUUCUCGAAAGUCUUCUUGCAGCCGGGAGAGACCAAGGAUAUCGAGUUCACGCUACAAAGGCGUGAUGUUAGUAUGUGGGAUAUCGUGGCGCAGAAGUGGAAGAUUGAGAAGGGGACUUUCACUGCGAUGCUAGGAAAGAGCAGUAGGCAUAUAGUUGGUGAGGUUGUGUUUCAGCUGUAG